UGAGCUUCCUACACCAGCGAUCAGAGCUCAAAUAAAAUGCCGGACGCCUGAAUCGCUUUUAUUGCGGCGAGUGACCGCAGUUAGUCUCCGGCUGUAUGUACUGUAAGUCGCGGGCAGAUGCGCUCGUCUCUUCCUCCGCUGUCCAUCAAAUCCGCGCCUUCUGUUCUUCCUUAUUGGGUUACUCAGCCCCCUCCGCUAUUGGCCGCAACUCGGCGUCUGCUACCCGGAGGACUAUUUAAACUAGACAGCCGAGGAAGCAGCAUCCGGAUUUGCAUUUGCUUCGCCCGACAUGUUUUACCUGUUUGUUGAUUUAAUCAUUAAUUUCUUUCUUGCGGGGAACAGAUAUACAUGAGCUGAGGAUGUAGGGCCGGCAGGUAGCCAGGAUGGAGUGCUCCUGGAAGACAGUGCUGUUGCUGGUGUGUGCUUCACUCGGGGUGCAGUACACGGCUAUCCGCUCACUGAGGGGCUCCAUCGCCGAGCCCUGCGGUGGGGCGGACCGCUGCCAAUUCCGCCGGCCCAAAGAGUACCGAUGGAGGCCCCUUUGUGAUGGGAGGCCUCCGUCUGAGGGCAGCUUCUCCUCUCUCUCCUCCUCCCGGAAGCAUAUCCUCCUCUUCGCCACCACCCGUAGCGGGUCCUCUUUCACGGGACAGCUAUUCAACCAGCACCCGAGUAUCUUCUACGUGUUCGAGCCCCUCUACCACGUCCAGCAGGUCUUCACCAAUUCCAGCAGCAGGCUGCGCCGUGGCUUGGAUCCUCGGGCCCUACUGGGCGCCUACCGCGACCUGCUCCUCAACAUGUACACCUGCGACCUCCACUUCCUUGAGAACUACAUCCGACCUGAACCUCAGGACCACCUGACGGGCUCCUUCUUCAGGCGGGCGUCCAGCAGUGCCCUGUGCUCGCCCCCCGUGUGCCUCGAGAACGGCGGGGCCCCAGGAGAGCCCGACGAGGCCUGGUGCCCCCGGCGAUGCCGGACACUCAACCUCACGCUGGCCUCCCAGGCCUGCCUGGCUCGGGGUCACGUGGCUAUCAAGACGGUACGCAUCCCCGAGGUGCAGGACUUGCGCACGCUGUCUGAGGACCCCCGCCUGCACCUGAGGAUCGUGCACCUCGUGCGUGACCCCCGGGGCAUCCUGGCCUCCCGCAUGGGUGCCUUCGCCGACCAGUUCCGGGCCUGGAAAAUCUGGAACGCCACUGGGAGGCAGCCGCGCUACGUGGACCUAGCGCAGAUCACGCGUACCUGCCAGGAUCUGGCAGACUCCGCCCAGACGGGCCUCAGGCAGCCACCCUGGCUUAGGGGGAAGUACCUACUGGUGCGAUACGAGGACUUGGCCCUUCACCCUGAGGAGAAGGCGGAGGAGAUCUACCGAUUCGUCGGCUUGGAGAUGGACGAGAAGGUGCGAGCCUGGAUUUUACAGAACACCAAGCGUAGCGCCUCGCCCACAGAGGGAAACUAUAAGUACUCCACCACUAGGGACUCCAGAGCCACUGCGGAGAGCUGGAGACUGCGACUCGCCUAUGACAUCGUGGGUGUGGUGCAGACUCUUUGCAAUCGCACUCUGUCUUUACUGGGCUAUAAGCCAGUUCACUCCCUAGCGGACCUGCGGAACCUGUCCUACAGUCUGGUCGAGCCGAGAAGCUUCCUGCCACUAUUAUGACAGUUGGGAGGGGAACGCAGCAUUACAGAGGAUGACAGGGGACUUUGGCACGGCUGUGUUUCAUUCAGCAAGGUAGCCUCAAAUUAAUUUUGUUUUACUUUUUGUAACUUGUAUUUAUAUAUAAAUUGUACCACGAUUUUAAUAAAAUACCUCAUUUCAUCAGUCAACACUGAAAUAUUUUCUGAUUUUACUUACCUUAGUUUAUUCAAAAUUUUAAAAACCUUCUAAUCAUCAACCAGUUUACCUCGCUAUGAUAUUUGAUUCAUUCUUUCUGAAUUAACUACAGUCUUAAGAUUUGUCAUUUGUAGCUCUGACAUCCCAUCCAAGGUGUACCCCAGCCUUGCGACCUGUUUUGCCAGGGAUCCAGGCGCACUGGGACCCUGAAUAGGAGAAGCUGUUAACAUGGUGAUGACAUGGUACUGUACAAUGAAAUCCUUACUUGAGUGCUUUUAGGAGACCAUAGUGACAAAAAUAAAUACAAGACAAGAAGUACUGCAGUUCAUUAUAAACACCAAAAAGUAACACAUAACUAAAUCUCACACGCUGCACACAAAGAAACACUUAGAACUUAGAGAUGCACAAUGGAGGUUGAACCAAGGGAAUAAUGUGGCAGGCCAGUAAUUGUUUAAGGAUCUGGUGUACAGUUAGGCUGUAUUGAGGAACCUAAUUGACUGCAGGGUAUAACUGGAAAAAAAUAAAGAAUAGAUUAUAUUGUAUGUCUUCAUGAAAUAAACCCAGGAUGAAAUACAGGAACGUCUUAUGUAUUCAGGUUGGAUGCCAAACUGCAUGUCCUUCAGGUUUGCACGGAGACAGCUGCCUUAUUUCCUUCGCUGAGUCCAGUGCAGAGCUACGGCUUUCGAAAAGUGUAUACAAAUUACUGCAUCAAGAAAAAAGCCGGCGCAAUUUGAGAAGCUCGCUGAGGGGAAAUUACAUUUAUUAUAUCAAAUUUAGUCUGGUCGUUGCUGCCCGAGCCCUGAGAUUGCGGCAUUGGAAAUGUCUUUGAAGUCAUACGCUGUCCGCAGGGCUUGCUUCAUUACCAAGAAAGUCUCAUGUAGACAUAGAACAAUAAAACAUAUUUUAAAUAGUCCCGUACCUGAGCAGUAUUCUAAAUUACCCGCAAUAUUAUAAAAAACAUGUUAUUCAGAAACCGUCUUGCAGUACCUGUUCCGUCAGCCAGGCAUUCCCAACAUCGCCUGAAACUUUCUCUAAAUACAAACUUGUUUCAAAACUGAUGGGCUUUUAAUUUAAGGAAUUCGUUUUGGUGCAAUGCUUUAAGAAGGCACAGAGGGAAGUGUCUCCAUGAUCGAGGACCGAAACUAGGCAGCGACGGCUGAAGCCUCUUCACUUUCAUCCUCCAGCCAUUCGUGGCUGACAGGCAAGGAGACCAAAGCCGGCAUUUCUGAAAACAGGCGAUAAACGGCAGGUGACCUGCUCCCACAUCAGCAAGAACAUAGAACAUACAGAUUCAGUGUAAACAAAUAAGACGAAAUGUUAUAACAGUAGACAACUCUUCUAAAUCCAUAUCAAGUUAUUAUUGCUAUAUUAUUUCAGGCUAAUUGCAUCAUGAUCCUAGAAUGAUCACUAUACACUAGUAAAUAUAUUCUCCUAUUCCGAAUGAUCUAAGUAUUUUUUUUGUCCAUCAGCAGUUCUCAAAUUAUUUAUGUUUGUUACUUUUCCCCACUGAAUUUCUCUUUCAGAUUUCCUUUUAUUUGUGCUCUGUGGAAAUUCAAAAAAGCA